CGAAAGUGAAAAUAAGAGGGAGGAAAAGUCAUGGAGGCAGAGGAGAGUCUGUAGAGGGUUCCUCUGUAACUAAAGCAACCCCACCAUGAAUGUUUGGGUUUAUGUGGCGCUUUGUUGCUUCCUAUGCUCGGGAAUCCUAAAGCAGCAUCAUGGAGUUGCCACAGCAGGUUCAACCUUCAGUCAAAGUAGGCAGCUUUCUUGCUUAUUUGAGACAAGUGAAACAAUCCUGUUGUCAAGUGAAAUCAAAUACAUCCGACAGAAUGCCUGGCUGCUGCUGAGUGAAAGACCUUAUCCAGAAAAUCCUUCUGCUGAUGAUACCAUCAAAUUUAUUAUAAGAGAGUCCUCACUGGAUAUUCUCCAACAUGUGAAUGAGGAUACGGAUAAGCUUGAAUGUAAAAUUAGCAGAUACUUUACUGAUAACACCCAGAUCCUCUGGCCUGGGAUACAAACUCAAGGUGAUAAACUGGAUUCAUGGUUCACUGGCACCAUAAAGCACGUGGCUGACAAAUUCACCGUUACUGUCUUUUUGGUGCAAUCGAGUGCCAGCAGAGAGGCAGAGAAUCGAAUCCCUGAAGAAGUUUCUCAAGGCAAUGAAGAGAGAUUUUAUCUUUCAGGUGUAUUCUUGGUCCGUACAGGACCCUCGCUAAUCCAGUCUGGCUUAAAGAAAGAUGUCCUUCUCAACUGUGCUUUCUCAGUUGAUCACCACACAGAUGUCACCAUCCAAUGGGUCUUGCAGCAGAAAGGGGGACAAAAGAAGCUGAUAGUUGCCUAUAGUGGAUCUACUCGACAAGUGGACUACAAGGAUAAACGGGCAGAGAUGUUCCCAGCAGAGAUCUUGAAGGGAAAUGCUUCUCUUUUACUAAGAACAGUGGAAAUAAGAGAUGCAGGAUCCUAUGCCUGCUUAGUAUCUGUGUCAGCACUUCUUGGGGCACAGAGUAUCCAGCUGGAAAUAGUAGAAAAGCCCACCGUGACCCUCAACGCUGACGUCCUGUCUCUGGUGGAAGGAGACGAACACAAGCUCAUCUGUGACGUUGGUCAUUUUUACCCUCAUGAUGCAGAGGCCCAGUGGCUUCUGGAACCCCAAAAGCCGGGGAUGCUUCCACAUGUGGUGAAUCAUGUUCUCUCUAGCAGUCACAGACAAAACAGUGAUGGGACUUACAGCUUCUCCACCUACUUCCUGCUUAAGGCCUCCCUCAGGGACAACGGGUGUAGGUACACCUGCCGGGUGGACCACCGAAGCCUGAAGCAGCCAAUCAGGAAAAGUCUGACGGUGCAAGUAACAGAGUCUACCUCAGCAACUUGGCUCCUUGUCCUCCUAUUUCUCCUUCUUCUCGCUGGGUGUCUUGUUGUGACAUUGUAUUAUCUUCAUCAAGUGAUGAGCAGCAAUAAGCCCAAACCUUACUAGAGCACAAGACCAUUCCGCCCAAUCAGCACAUGCUGCCCCGUUUGAGCAACAUAUCUCAACACAGAGAGUGGAAAGGAAGAAUAUGUGCCUAGGUCUUCAGUCUGUGCUGGAUUUGCAUCAGUAACGAAAUGGUGUUUCUGCAAACACUGGUCGGGUUCUCUGUUGCCCUAUACACUUUGUCAUCAUCUCCACUUGUACAAGCUGCUGCUAGUGGAAGGGGAGCCUUCCGAGUGGGUGGUGUUGCACACAAGUUGCAAAGGAGUGAAAAGUUGGCCGCAGGAAAAAAAAAGGAAAAAGUUGCACCUGGUCUGCACCUGAUUUUUUUGUACUGUUAUAAAUGUGCGUUAGUGGCAUGAAUUUUUUACACUGAUGCAGCUGGUAAUAAUUAUGCUAAUACAUCUCUUUAGGUGGACACCUACUCCCCUUACCAUAUUGAAAGACGAGACACUUAAAUAACUUCAUCUAUUCUAGGAGAUUGUUGUAAUGAUGUAUGCUGGUAUAAUUAACAGAAUACAAUACAUUCUAAAAUUAUUGGCCAGAUUUUUGUUGCCCCGUCCCUUGUGUAAGCCUUUACACAAGUGCAGAUAGGUCGUGAAAUAUUUCUAGUCUGAUUUAGCUGCAUUUUACACUGACUUUGACCAAGCUCACACUAUAGGGGUGGUCGCAGUAUAGCUAUCUGUAGUGUGUGAAAAGGUUUUUCCCCAUAACUGCAAGAACACCAGCUCCCCAAACAAUGGUGACUAGGUUGACAGAGGCCUUCUUAUGUCACCCUAGCUAUAGUGCUCAGAGCUGAGUCAAUGUACCUUAGAUGGAGUUGCCUGAGGGUCUCUGCUAUGGGAGGUCAAUUGAAGAAACUCUCCCAUCAACUUCCCUUACGCUUCUUGUUCCGGUGGCAUCCUGGAGUUGAAAAGCAUGUACUCAGCAGUCAAUUUAGUGACUCUUCCCUGCACCAGCUAAAUUGAAUCCGCAGGAGAUUGAUCGCCACAGAGCUGGUCCCAUGGUAAGUGCAGACCUGCCCUUAAGGACCUGCCUACCCGAGACUUUGUCCGUGUGCCAUGCAGAUAAAACUGAGACUAGCAAAGGUGCCGGAGUCCAAUGGAGCCACUGAUUGAACAAUUCUCUGAGGAUCCCCCAGCUUUAGAAUUAGCUCCCCACCCCAAUCUGAACUAAACAGUCAGAUAAACUCCAGGCCGCAGGGCAAAUUUUUCCUUUUUCCUCCAGGCAUUUGUACAUGGUGGCUGCUUGCAGAGAGGUUGAUGCUAAGGGUGGGAAAUUGUUGGAGAGAAAGGGUUAUUUGAAAUGUAAAGGUGCCAGAAUCCCUGGAAGUCAUUUACAUUGACUACUUCGGCUGCGCUUGGCAUAUCUCUAAGUCGUGGUGUUGCGAAUGUAGCCUGUGGCCCCGCUAUAGCAUUUGUGCAAAUCUAAGAGAAUCCAUCUGUUUGCUGGCUUUUCGUUUUGUUCAGUGCAAAGGGGUCCCUUAAAAUUCAACAGCAAUAAAGACACAGAAGAGAAACUCAAA